UCUGGUCAUACACGAAAGACGCGCAUUUAAGACACUGGGCGUUUUUGUUUUACACACGAAGUACAUCAGCCCAAUGAUAUCUGUCAGUCACUGGGUUAUUAUAGUCUGAUACGGGACUCCAGAGUCAUUUUCACUGCGCAAAAACACAUCCGUCGCAAUGAGAGAGCUGCAUUUCAAAGAUAAUUUUUGGAACAUUGAUAUCACUAGCACAGUAGGAUAUGACAGCAUCAUCCAGCACUUGAAUGAUGGCAAGAGGACAUGCAAAGAGAUUGAAGACUUCAUGAAAGCCAGAGCUGCAAUAGAAGAGAAAUAUGCAAAGGAGCUCCUUGGUUUGUCUAAGAAAGUGUGUGGACACAGUGAAAUGAACACCCUGAAACGAUCACUGGACGUUUUCAAAUUACAAACAGAACAAGUGAGCUUGUCUCAUUUACACUUGGCCCAAACCAUGAGAGACGAAGCAAAAAAGUUAGAGGAUUUCAGAGAGAAACAGAAAGACUCUCGAAAGAGAGUAGAACAACAGAUGGAUGCUCUUCACAAGCAGAAGGCUGCCCAAUACAAGAAAACAGCAGAAGCAAAGAAGACCUAUGAGCAAAAGUGUCGAGAUAAAGAGGAAGCAGAGCAGAACAUGAACAGAAACGCCACCACCAGCAGUUCCAAGCAGCAAGAAAAGCUGUUUGCCAAAACACAGCAAGCCAAGCAGUGUGCAGAGGAAGCCGACAGAAUAUACAAUCAGAAUGUGUCAGUGCUGGGGAAGAUCAGAGAGGAGUGGCUGAAUGAGCAUGUUAAAGCCUGUGAGUUUUUUGAGAAACAGGAAGUGGAGAGGAUCAACACCCUGAGGAACAUCGUGUGGAACCAUCUCAACCAACUUUCCCAGCAGUGUGUCACCAGCGACGAGCUCUAUGAGGAUGUAAGGAAGUCACUGGAGCAAUGUAACAUUCAAGAAGACCUUGAGCAUUUUAUCAACCUCAGAAGGACUGGAGAAAAACCACCAGUACCUGUUCCAUACGAGAACUUCUACAACAAUCAGAGAUCGGCCCCUGCCCGCCCACCGGCUUCAGCUGUCAGGAGAGCGGCAGUACCUCCACCACCACCUGUUGAAAAUGAUCCUUUAUAUUCAACUGUAGCAGAGCCAGGAUACAGCCUUAUACGACACUAAUAAGAACGUGAACCGUUUUAUGGGUCCUUCUUCAGCUCAAUAUGGAUACAGUAAAAGCAUUUGGCAACUUUUUUUUAUCAAGAGUCGAGAGAGCUGAAUUAUUAAAGGUGUCUAUGACACAAAAAUUGUAAUUCCUUCAUAAUUUAUUCACCCUUAUGUUGUUCAAAAACCAGUAUGGCUUUGUUUUGUUUGUCACAGAACAAAGCAAGUCAAUGGUUUGGGAACAACAUGAUGGUGAGUAAAUGAUGACAGAAUGUUCAUGUUUUGGUGAUCUGUUCCUUUAAUCUGUGGCCAGCUUCCUCACACUUUGUGGUGAGAAUAUACUACACCUGGCAUGGAGUAUUCAUAACUCUGAAUAAAAGCAUUUUAUUAACUUGCUAACUUCAAAUCAACUUUUGUAAAUAGGCUUUGGAGUGAUCUUUGAGACUAUUAUGAAAUGCGUAAAAGUCGAUAGCAAAUACACAAGAGUACACCUGAAAAAGGAAAUGAGCAUAGAGUUCUCACUACAUUGAUGACAUUGUGAAAACAAUAUAUUAUAAAGCUUUGUCUUUUUAUUUACUGUUAAAGACAUGGGCUCAUAUAGAUGUUUAAGAAAUUUAAAGCACAAAAUAUUUAUUUAGUCUUGCACCACUGGAUGUAUUGCAUUAAUAUGUAUAUAUUAUUUAAUCUCAUUGUCCUCUGAUAAAAUGUGAGGUCAUCAGGAUAUUACGUUUUGAAUGCUGUUUAAAAGUGCACUCAGUAACUUUUGUCUUUGUGUCAUCUUGGACUCUUGGAAAAUUUAUAUAUUUUGGUGAACUAUUCCUUUAACCCUCCUGUUAUGUUUGGGGUAUUUAGACUUAAAAACAGAGAAAAAGUCAUCCUAAUCUUGUAUUUGUCAAAAUGCCUUUGGAUUUUCUACAACAAUCAAUAAAUCAAUGAGUUUGUUUGUUAGAUGUUUAUAUUC